AUGCCAGACAAAUACUCCAUUAUUCUUCCCACUUAUAAUGAAAGAAAGAACUUACCUAUUUUGGUAUACUUAAUUGACAAGACAUUCAAACAACAUCCUGAAUACGAUUGGGAAGUGAUUAUUGUUGAUGAUGCUUCACCAGACGGUACCCAAGAAGUGGCCAAGGAAUUGAUUAAAAUAUUUGGCUCUGAUCACAUUCAAUUGAAACCUAGAGCAGGAAAGUUAGGAUUAGGCACUGCUUAUAUUCAUGGGUUACAAUUUGUUACUGGGAACUUUGUUAUUAUUAUGGAUGCUGAUUUCUCUCAUCAUCCUGAAGCCAUUCCACAAUUCUGUAAGCUACAAAAGGAAGGUGACUAUGAUAUAGUCACAGGUACCAGAUAUGCUGGCGACGGCGGAGUCUAUGGAUGGGAUUUGAAGAGAAAAUUGGUCAGUAGAGGUGCAAACUUUUUAGCCUCUACAUUAUUAAGACCUAAUGUUUCUGAUUUGACUGGUUCUUUCCGAUUGUACAAGAAAAACGUUUUAGCAAAGAUUAUUCUGGAAACAAAAUCUAAGGGGUACGUUUUCCAAAUGGAAAUGAUGGUAAGAGCCAGGGCUUUAGGGUUCACUAUUGCUGAACAACCAAUUGCUUUUGUUGAUAGAGUCUAUGGAGAAUCCAAAUUAGGUGGAGAUGAAAUUGUUGGAUAUUUGAAGGGUGUUUGGAACUUAUUUAUUUCAGUGUAA